AUGAACAAUAACAUCUCCAGUGGUGGUGGAAAUACCGGCAGCAUUACCAAUAGCAACAGCAGUGUGGUGACAAACUACUCCCUGUCAAAAGAAUCAUUUAUCUGCAACGAAUGCGGUACGGACUUUCUCAAUCGAGACACAUUGGCCAUGCAUGUGAUGGAAAACGUCCGCGACGGAACCUGCCAGAAAGCAGUGGGCGAAUUUAUCAAUGUGUCCAGUGGGACGAACAACUUUCCAAACGGAAAUGGGAGCAAUUCAGCGGUGGCUACAGUGGGUAGGCACACGUGCAAUCAGAAUGCUUGUGCAGCUCCGGAUCAUGCAACCAGCCCCAUUUUUAUCGAUCGGUUGUCUAAAAAAUCUCGGGAUUCGAUUAGAUCCAGUAAAAGCACUUUACCCACCCCACUACCUGGAUGUGCACAAAACUUGUUCAAGACAUUGAUAAAUCCACUCACUCUGCCUGGUUGGUUUCGAAUACACCAAGAAAACUCAUCAACGGAGCCAACAACAGCCCGUUCGGGAAAAGAUCCACCCUGGUGCGCAAACAUGUGUCCGUACAAUGGGGAUAUGCUACUACCAUUGCAUCAUCCCAAUAGAAUUAGAUCGGAUGGCCUAACCGGGACGGAAGCCAUUCGUCGAAGACUAUGCGAUCGGCGAGAUUUGCAUACUGAUGCAAGUGAGCUGCGUAAACGCCGUGUUGAAAAAUGGAAAGAAUCGGUUGGUCGUGAAAAACCAAUGGUUAACUGGCUGACUUACAAAACAUUGGCCAUGUUAAACGGUCAGCCACACUUCAAAAUGCAAGGUGCACUAGGCCACAUGUUGAAUGUGAUGGAUUACGCGAAGUUUGGCGUUGAUCCGCUUCGAUUGCCGGUACAUCCGGGCGAAUCCUGCAGCGUUACGUCAUCAGACAACAGACCGGAAGUAGCAAAUUCAGAUUGCCUGCAAGUGAACAGUUCAAGACAACCCACACCGACACUGGCUUCGAAAAGUGAUGCAAUGAGCAGCUCAUGGACUGGGGAUUCGGUUUUGGAAUUCAAGGUAUCCCGAGGCACGGAGCAUACGAAACUUGGCGGAACUAAUCCAUGCGAUUCGACAGAUACUGCUUCUGCGAUAAGAACUCAUCGCCAGUCGCGCAGUAAAUCGACUCCACCACGGUUAGACAAUCAAACUAGGAUUACCCAUAGGAGUCUUCAUCUACAGAAGUUGGAUAUGAUCAAAACCCGCGGUUCUAAUUCACAUUCGGAAAUGAUGCACGACAGUGGUUUGGGUUCGGAACCUGGUACAAAGGUAGACACCAUGUCCAGCAACAAAAUUUGGUCCACCGUUCCGUCAAUACUGAGUAACCGACCGGUGUUACGCAAACCAGGUUUGGGAAGAUCGAUUUUGGGCAAGCGGGCCAACCAUAAAAGUAAGCGACUUCGACGCAACACGUAUGUAACAAAUCGCCUUGCACGUCGCCCCGUGUCUCCCGUUUCCGGUGCUGAUUCGACUAGCUAUCGAACAUCCGCGUCCAGUGCAAACUCCCCUGUUCGAACACCGGUGUCCACGGUUGUUCAGCCAGCUCGUGUUCAGUUGCACCAAACCCAAACCACUCGAAAUCCCAUUCACAAUUCGGAAUUUACCAGCUCCAUGUCGGAAUCUGGAGCCACGCUGAAAAGUGAAGUUCGACUUCCCUUCUACUGUCCACAUUGUCAAAUUGGAUUUGGACAGAAAACUUUAUUCAGUUUGCACAUGGGAUUACAUUGCGUGGAUGAACCAUGGAAGUGUAAUAUGUGUGGCCAAUUCUGUUCGGGGGUGUACGAAUUCACCGCGCACACAUUACACUUUUGA